GUAAAUGUCCCUCAUACACUGUGUUGACGCCGUGGACACGAAGAGGAAGUGGGAGUGACACAUUCAUAAUAACAACAGACACUUAAGUGUUUCUCUUCACUUCGUCUGGCGCUUCACUUAAAGUAAACUUGUAGUGACUUUUAAAAAAAGUCAUGGUUCUGCUGAGUCUGUGUCAAUCCGCCUUCGCGGUUCUCCACCACAUUGAGCCGAUCAUCGUGCUCGAGCAGCUGGGCAACUCUCUAUUUGACACCGCGCUGCAGCUGGUGGUCAAAGACCGGUGCGCGAACAUCUCCGAUCCCGGCGUGUCUCCGGAGCAGAGUCAGCAGAGAGCCAUGGCCGACUUCUUCAUGAACUACAACCUCAUCAUCCGACUCGUCCCCAUCUUACCCGCGCUGCUGCUCGCCAAACUCAGCGACCGCGGCUGGAGGAGAGCCCCCAUCGUGGUGCCUCUCGGCGGGUACCUGCUCUCCAGGAUCGUCCUGCUCAUGGUGCUCCUCUUCCGGCUGCCGCUGCAGCUCAUGUACGGAGCCGCGGUUCUCUUCGGUGUCUCCGGAGGAUUCUGCGCAUUCUGGCCGGGAGUCAUGACGCUGGUGUCGCUGAAAUCCACGGCCACGGACCGAUCCAAGGUGAUGAUGAGGGUGGAGCUGCUGUACGGAGCAGCAGGUGUUGUGGGCAGUUUAGUGUCAGGUCAUCUGUUCCUGUUGUACACGGUCAAGCUGGGACAAGGAGUCAUUCUGCUCAUCGUGAGUUCACUCAUUCACCUGCUCAUCCUCAUCCUCUCCAUCGUCCUGCUGCAGGUGAAACAAGUGCCAGAAGAAAGUCACCUCCUGUCUCACAAUAACGACGAUGAAGAGGAAGAUUACGACGCCGUCAAUGUCCCUGCUGCGAUCAACAAGGUCAACGUGGUUCUUCUGUUCGCCGCCGCCGUCUUGUACGACUUUGCAGUGGGCGGAGCCGUAGAGAUACUGGGCAUCUUUGUGUUGAAAGAGCCGCUCAGCUGGACGGCCACGCAGGUGGGUUAUGGAAACGCAGCGGGCUGCACCAUCUUCCUCACCAGUUUCCUCGGCGUCAUGCUGUUUCGCCGCUGCUGCAGCGACGUCACGCUCAUCCUCAUCGGCAUGCUGUCGUUCACCGUGGGAAUCUACUUCAUGUCCCUCGUCACGGCAACGUACAUGUUCUACCUCGCUCGAUUGCUCAACCUUUUCGCUCUCAUCCCGAUACCGACGAUCAGAUCUCUGCUCUCACAGCAGGUGCAGUCGUCCUCGUAUGGCACCAUCCUCACGUAUCUGCAAUUGGCUCUGAAGUUUGCAGGUCUGGCCUACAUCCCCGCCUUCACUAAGAUCUACCAGGGGACACUGGACUGGUUCCCGGGCUUCGUCUUCAUGCUGGCCAGUGUCUUCACAGUCCUGGCAAUGAUUCCCAUCAGCGUCCUGGGCUGCAGAUCACCUCACAGACGUCGCUACAAGAUGAUUCAGGGAGACUGAGUUCACAAUGAUGCAACAGGAAGUGAAACGUGGAACUAGGGAAAACAAAAAAGUGGGGGAGACUCACUUCCUUUAACUAUGAGGAGAGGAGUUUGUAAACUUUCACUGUUCACCUUUGUUUACAAGAUACAAGAGCAUUUUAUUUUUAUGAACCUGUGAUGCUGCCGCUGUGGGUUUGAAACACAACGUGACCUUUUCAUGACCCCAGCACUUGAAGACAAACUCUGUCCUCAGUCCAGAGGGUCUCACAGCGGUCACAGCGGUCAGUGACCCGGUCACAACAGCAACACACCCUCUGUGAUUUCGACAUAAUGUAGACUUUGUGGUGAAGACGUCACACAUAUAUAAAAAAAAGAAAGUCCCUGAUGAGACACACAGUUAACCACUGUCCUAAUCCCUUGUUUUUUGGCCUCCACUACACUAGGUGUCAGUAUUUCCCCCAAAAAUAUUCCAUUCUUAAAGGUUUAACAGAGCAUAGAAACACGGUUUCUUGCCAUGUUUUUCUUGGAUGUGUUCAUCUGACUCUUGAAAUUCAGUUUAGUGCAAGUUCAACACACAUUUGCACUUAUUUUACAGUCUGAUUUUAGUCCAAUUUAGUUCAUGAUUUUUAAUGUGAUUUCUGUGUUCUGUGUUUGUUGUAGUUUGUAACAGAACUCCACCUCAAAUACUUUGUUCUUUUUCAAAAAUAUGACUGAGUGGGACUCAAAGUCUACACAGUCGCCCGGUAAGUCUCCCCAAGUGAUCAAUUUACAAGCAAACAAACUGUAGACAACAAAGUUUAAACACAAUCAACCCAGAUUAAAAUCCCAUAAAAACAGAGCGUCAGCUGAAGGUGCUGACUCUCUGGAGACAUGAGGACAAAGUGAGCAGCGGCUCUCUCUCCUGCUUUUAUCUCCUCAGACCAAUGAUUGACCUCAGCUGUGAGAGCGACACAGGUGCAGCCGAUAAUCUGCUGAUUAACAAACAAAACCUGACACCUAGAAACUGGAUUAUGGUUCAAAAACACUCCAUCCCUGCUGAUGUUUUUUAAUGUAAAGACUAAAAUAUGUUAUCUUUAUUAUUAAGGAAGUUACUGUAUGUUACCACCUUUUUUUUAAUCUGUUUUUUUAUAUAUUAGUUUGCAGAAUUAUGCUAAAAUCUGGGAUUAAAGCCAUUAACUACAAGUGCAUAAUAUGGAUUAAGGGGCAGCUCUAGAUUAGAAUAAAAAAACAACAACAUGUACUUUAUGGUAUUUUUAGGUGACCUUAAAACCUGCAGGUCAGGAAAUGCUGGAGAUUUUCAUUUAAAAUUACAUUUUGGAACUUUUGAAACACGUUUACGCAUUGACACAUAGUUUUACAUUUAGUUUUAAAGCACUUUGAUCUGUUUUAAUGUUUUACUCUGUUUUAACUGAGCACAGUUAGAUUGUUUCACUAAUUUUCAAUGAUUUUGCCUGUUGAUUAUUUAAAUUUGGGUUAACAGUCACAUCAAACAAUACUUUUUUUUGUUAAAUAUCAGAAACAAAAAUCAUGCAAUAUUGUUACUUUUCCUCCCAACUUUCAGUGUAAUAAUCCAUGAAGUAACAGUUUUUACACACGACAGUGAAGCUGAAGGGAAAAAAAACACAGUUUACAUUAUCAUCACUUUUAUUUUAAAGCACAUUUUUAUGAUUCUGUUUUGCACUGUCACGUUAACGUCACUGCUCCUGUGACUACAUCGUUUUUUGGGGUAAAAGGAUUUUUUUUUAAGUAUAUAGUAAUAAUAAAUCAUUGUUUUUCUUUUGUAAUAAAUGUUUUUCACUCAUUUGUUACUUUCUUUGUCAAAAAUUGAUUGAAUAGUAGGAUGGAUGCUUCAAUACUACUUUCUUAUGUGAAACCAAUAUCACAACCUUGAUUAUCCACAGACACUGA